UGCUAGUUUAAGGGAUUUUUCUAUAUUUAAACAAAUACUCACUUUGUUCUCAUUCUCAAACCUCCAUCCCAGUUUUUCUUCAGACUUGAAACUCAUCUUCCAAAUACAGAAAAAAAAGAACAAGGGAACAAAAAUGGAAGAAACUAAGUCCAGGUUUCAGAGAAUUUGUGUCUUUUGUGGUAGCAGUACAGGCAAGAAAGCUAGCUAUCAAGAAGCCGCUAUUGAGUUGGGCAAAGAACUGGUGGAGAAAAGGAUCGAUUUGGUCUAUGGAGGUGGAAGCGUGGGAUUGAUGGGUCUUGUUUCCCAGGCAGUUCAUGAUGGUGGGCGCCAUGUUCUAGGAGUUGUCCCAAAGACACUAAUGCCUAGAGAGAUAAUUGGUCACACUGUUGGAGAAGUGAGAGCUGUUUCUAAUAUGCAUCAACGGAAAGCUGAGAUGGCACGUCAAGCUGAUGCUUUCAUAGCCCUUCCAGGAGGCUAUGGCACCCUUGAAGAAUUGCUGGAAGUUAUUACAUGGGCUCAGCUUGGUAUACAUAGCAAACCUGUGGGUCUCUUAAAUGUUGACGGCUUCUACAAUUCAUUGUUGUCUUUUAUUGAUAAGGCCGUUGAUGAGGGCUUCAUAUCUCCAACUGCGCGUCGUAUUAUUGUUUCUGCGCCAACUGCCAAGCAAUUAGUCAGACAACUUGAGGAAUACGAAGCGGAAUACGAUGAAGUAACAUCAAAGCUGGUGUGGGAGGAAGUUGACAGACUAAAUUAUAUGCCUGGAUCCGGAGUAGCUACCUCGUAGCAACAUUGGAGUAUAUGUUUUGAGGUUUUUGUCUGCUCUACCGGUAUAUACUUUUUUUAUACGGUGUAGAAUACCGUACAAUGUCUCUAUCAAAUGAAAACGAAGAUGUAUACGUGUUCUAGAGAAAGAAAUUUGUGAGAAUUGAGAAGGAAAAAAUCAAACAUUCAAUUGAAAUGAAAAGCUUUUGUACAGUCAAAAUUGCCUGCUUGGCCACAUAUACUGAAUGUAACUUUUAAAAUACUGAAUUAAAUAAUUA